AUGUUACUAAACGUAGAUUCACCAGACUCCGUUGCUGCGGUUACCGGUGCUGACGUCAGCUCGGUAGCAGAAGCAGCAGCAGCAGCAGGCGCCGCGGUUGGGACAGCUGGCGAUGGCGCAUUGGCGAGUUUGAGUCAGCUGUUCCUCCUUGGCGCGCUCUCAUUGGCCGACGAGCCCUCCAACGCGCUGUCGCUGCCCACGUGGAUCAUCCACGUGGCAAGCGUUGUGGAAUGGGUGUCGUUAACACCUCCUGCUCCCCCUCCACUUUCCUCCCAGGGUGGUGGCGAUGGCGCUGGUGUGGCAAUACGGCGCAGCGGAGAGCAGGAGGGCGUGGAGGGGGCUGAUUGCGCAACCAUCCCUGUGAUCUCAUCUCAUGCUUCUGGCAUCCCAUUGUCCCAUUCGUGCUCUCCUCCUUACCUCCCAGGGUGGUGGCCAUGGCACUGGUGUGGCAGUACGGGGCAGCGGAGAGCAGGAGGGCGUGGAGGGAAGGGAGUUGAUGCGUCAGGCAUCCCCCUAUCUCUUACUCCCCGCCUGUCACUUCAACUCCACUCCCCUCUCCCUCCCAGGGUGGUGGCGAUGGCACUGGUGUGGCAGUACGGGGCAGCGGAGAGCAGGAGGGCGUGGAGGGGGCUGGCGUGGGCCAUGGUGCCUCUGCUCAUGGGGGCCAUGUGCGCGUGCACGUGGCACUUCUUUUACAACUCACCGCAGCUAGAGGGUCUCGUCGUGCUGCAGUCCUUCAUGACCCUCCUUGGAAACUGCACCGUCUGCUUUGCUGCCUUCCGCAUUUACAAGGCAUCCACCAAGACUGCUCCUUAG